CGUUGCAUAUAUAUGUUAUUAUUAUUAUGUAUAUAGGCAUCUAUGCAACAAUAAUUGUAUAGUUUUCUCUACCUCAGUCCAAUCACAUUUAGCAAGAAGGUAUCUUGAUUGUCAGUGUAUAUAUCGCAUAUAGCGAGCAUAUCAGUGAUCACUAAUAUGGCGGCGUUGAAAAAAACCGGCUGAAUUGUUGAUCUUUUUAAAAGAAGUACAGAUUGCAAAGAAAUUUCUGAAAAUGAUAAAAAUAUCGGCAUUAAACGAGGAAUCCAGUGAAGAAAGCGAAGAAGAGGAUGUACCAACGAUUACAAAGGAAGCUCAAGAACAAAUAGCUCUUACUGAAUAUAAUAAAGCCUUAGUUUUAUUAAAUGAAAAUAAGCAGGAAGAUGCUUUGAAUAUUUUUAAAGAUUUAUUAGAAACGGAGCUAUUGGAUGAAGUAGAGAAACCUGAGGUACCAGAUGGAAGAUCCAGACCAAUGUUGUCAUUGAAAUACUCUUGUUUCAAAAAUAUCGGCGCUUUAAAAGCUGCAUCAGGCGACUAUGAUGAAGCCAUAGAAAAUUAUUGGGAAGCAGCAAAUUUGGAUGAUACAGAUGUUACAUUGUGGUAUAGAAUAGGCAUAUUAGCUAUAAAAAUAUCUAAUUUAGAAUUAGCUUGUUCCUCAUUUAAACAAGGCUUGAAAUGUAAUUCUAAUCAUUGGCCAUGUUUAGAUAAUAUGAUAACUGCCUUAUAUGCUGUUCCUGAUUAUAUGAACUGUCUUUUAUAUAUUUCUAUGGCAUUAGAACGCGAUCCUAAUUAUGUGAAAGGUUUAGCUUUCCGAGACAGAAUAUUUAAAGACAUUCCACGUCUCGAAGAAUGUUAUAAAUUAUAUAAUAGCGAUUGGCAAUUGGAUCCACCAUUAUGUACAGAAUACGACCAUAUGUUGGGAGAUAAAUUAUUGGGAGAAGCAAAAGCUAUUGCUGAAAGAUGGGCCGAAGUAUGUAAGAUAGAAUUUACUCCAAAAUCUUUGCCGGAUUUAAUCCUGAGAAAACCCAUAAAGAAUUAUACCUGGUUAGAUUUAGGAGAAAGUUUAUUAGAUAUGCAUAGAUACAUCAUGGAAAGUGAUUUAAGUUUUGUUAGUAGAAUUAAGUUAACGGUUCUUAAUUCAGAGGAAACGUCUUCGAAAAUGAAUACUGAAGCAGAUACUUUAGGAGGCAACGAUGUGAAUACAGAUGUAAAUUUACUUUUGAGUACAACUGAAAAGAAGGAAAACGAUAAUGAAAAAUUAAUUAAAAUGGAUACAGACGACAUAAACUUCCCAUUUGAAGCAUUAGAGGACAGUCAUGUGUAUAACGGUACUGAUGUGACAAUGGAAGCUGACAUGGAAGAUGAUAAAAAGUCAUGUUCUAGUGAUGUGCAAAUAAUAGAGGAUGAAGAUCCACUGAGAAUAUUAGACAUAGAUCAGGGUAUCCUGGAACAGAAUGAGCCAAAAAAUGAUUUAGAAGAGCAAAAUAAUGUUGAAGCGUAUGAAAAUGUAGAUAAAUUACAACCUGAGAAAGUUACAGAUGAUGUAUACAGUAAUACCGGAAAUGAAAUACAAAACGAUAAAGUUAGCGAUAAAGAUAGCAAUAAAUCUAGUGACAAAUCAUAUGAAAAAGAUUUGAAAAAAGUAGAUAAAGUGCAAUCUAAGACAGAAGAAAAAUCUAAUGAAAAGACAGAGGGAAAAGAAGAAGUGCAAAAAGUAAAGAAAAGGCGUAGAAGUGCUCUUUGUUUUUUACAACAGUGGGCUUGGAGUUGUAACAGCAUGAGACGAUCAGCAAGAGUGAGAAGUUCGAAUAGAAGAGAAGCUGAAAGGGAUGAUAUUCAACUGGAAGAGACUCUUCGAAGAAUAUUUCCUAGUACUUUACUGCCAGAUACAGUAAAACUAACUAAGGAUGAUCCUUCUAAAAAUAUGGACGACUCUAUGGAUACAAUGGACUUGUAUCAGUUAUUUACUAACCAAGAAAAUAAUAGUAAUAAUGCUGUGGAGACUGUUAAAAGUUCUGAAAGUUCAAAGUCUCCGAGUCCUGAUAGAAGUCGUCAGCAAAAUUAUUUUGGUACAGAAUAUGAAAUAUCUGAUGUAAAUAUGUUUAUUAGUGAACACAGUGGUAAAAGCAACUUAAUGAUAAUUAUAGCAAAGUUUACUGAAUUUUUAUGCACUAAAUGGGAUCAAGAAUGGCCGAAAGGAAUGACAGAAAUAUAUUUACAAGCAUAUACAUUUAUGAGAGAUCACAUUUCACAUCCGUCACCAUUUGAGGAACAUGUAAAUAACAAUAUUUUAAAAUUAGAUGCUGAAAUGACUUUAUUAUUUGGUGAACUUCACACCGAUAAAUGGUUGAACAACAAACCAGACAUCUUACCUUCUUCAACAUUAGAUAAACUUGGUACAGGAAUGCCAUCGGAAGAAUUGGGUCACAUCAUUUUUACAAGCGUCAGAAGAGAUAUUAUAAGUGAAGAAAAUAUUUUCAUACUGGUGAGGGUGUUGUGGCUUAAAGCUAAUAUUUUUCUGUGUCAAGGAGACACGGAUAUAGUUAUUGAAACAUUAGAAUUGUUAUUAAAUCAUUUACAAGAAUUGGAAAAACGAAAUCAAAGUAUUUAUCUCAAAUUACCUAACUGCAAAUACAAUCCUCAAAUCAGUAUUAAAAUUGUUGAAAAGAAACUUAAGUCUAUUCAAAGGGGACAGAAAUUAGGUGAGAUACAAAGUUUGUAUGACGAAAAGAAAUAUGCUGAACUAGCCUACGUACUACAAGAUACAUUUAAAUUUGCAAAGCAAGGGAAUAAAUUUUUGUCCGUUAGCGAUAACAUAGUUGAUAGAGUGCAACAAUUAUCUAUGUUAUUAGAUAGCUUAUGGCAGCUUCAGCAAUACGAAGAGUGUUAUGUAUGGGCAGAAGCCUGUCUUAACGAAGCAUGGCAGAAUUAUUUAAAUGCAUCUGAUGAAGUUGAACAGAAAAAGUGGACAGGUUCUGUUUUAAUGUCGCUCGAGAAACUAGAAGCAUGCACUAUCGAAGUUAGCACAUUCGUUCUAAAAUACCUACCAGAGGUUCGACUUUCCAGAUUAGUGCAAAAUUUAGUUCAUAUUGUCUGUAAUCAGUUAGACGUGUCAGACACUACUGUAGAAAUGCCACUCGAAACUGUUCUUCCCUGGAUCCUUUUACAUUAUAUUCUACAAUAUAAAGAGGACAAAGAAAGAGCAAAAGUUGAAUCGUCUUAUAAAAAUAGGCAGCACAGUGCUAACUAUUCAGAGUCAGAUGAUGAAGAUGAAGGUGUACCAGCAUCUAUCAUGAUUUUAUUCAUUGCUCAUGAAUUUAUGGGCAGACAUUCGUGGUGUUGUUACAACGAGGCAAAACUGUUAUUUUUUACGUUAAAUUUGGUUAUUCCAAAAUUAGAAACGCCACAAUUUUCUAGCAUAAAAGGUAAAGUUUCGAAAUACUUGGAACAAAUAUUUUUCUGCCUCUAUGGUCAUUACAAUAAAGUGAAUAAAGGACGACCUAAACAUAUCGAAGAACACGGAGUGCCUCAGAUGAAGGUGACAUGGGAGGGUGCGCAAUUACUUUUCGAUUUUUACAAGCCUAAGCAAAUACCAGAAUUCUAUUCGCCGAGAUCGUUGACUAUUAGCGCGGAUACGGAAGAUCUGUUUAAACGCAUAAUAAAAUUGAUUCCUUCGGAAAGCGAUCCAAAUCAAGUAAUCGAUGAAAUGAUGGCUUACACAAUGGGCGAGCGAGACACGAUGCCAACGGUUAAAAAACCUUUACCACAUUCCAUGUCUACUAUUUAUUAUUUAUUGGGAGAUUUUUAUUUCAAAAAUUGUAAAUGGAGUGCAGCGAUACGAUACUAUUUGUUAGACUUAUGCUUUCAUCCAGCAAGAUUAAACUCUUGGACUGGUUUAGCAAUGUCAUCGGGCACUGUAAUAGAAACUUGGUUAAAUAAAUAUAAGCCCAUAAGUGAGGACAAGCUCUUGGCAAAGGCGAAACUGACUCAGUCUAGUUAUAGACACGCUGUUGAACUAGAUUCUUGCAAUCACAUUAUAUGGACGGAAUAUGGAAACUUUGCCUAUGUUGUUCACUCAUUCUGUUCGCGAUUGUUGAAACAGGAAACGGACACACUGAGUAUGGAACGAUUUGAGAUUUUAGAAACUAGGAAAGAGGAAAUGUUGGAAAUAGCAAAUCAGUGUUUUCAAUCUUGUGCUCGCUUAUUUAUUGGAAGCAAAGAUGGACCAAUACUCCAUGACGAAAGAUGGCUUUAUCAAUACAUGCUUGGCAAGGUUGCUGAGAAGAAAAACCAGGAACCUCCUAUAUUUUUAGAGCAUUAUGCAAAGGCCAGCGAAUUGCUAUAUCAUAAUAACGCACAAUAUCCGCGUAGAAUAAGUCAUAAAUCUCCGCAACAUCUUUCGGUCGAAGCAUUAGAAGUCCAUUAUCGAAUCCAUGCAAGUAUAUUGAAGUAUCUGGAACAACAUGAGGGCAAACCGCUGAAGAAAUCUUUGGGUCAGUUGCUGCAAUUAUACCUUGAAAAAUGUGCUGAAGGCCCUUUUAUGAAGUACAGUUCAAAACUGAAUGAAAAAACCAAAGACGAUGCGUUUUUCGCUGGUAAUAAAAGCGCUGGAAAAGAAGUGGAGUUUACUAGCGAAGGGGACAGAAAUGUAGUUACUGUUUGCCAGCGGUCGAAUAGUAUUGAGGAAAUAGAAAUAGUUGAUAGGACAAACAGAGGAUUGAACGCGACUCAGCGGGCCGAGAAAUUGGAAACGCGUAAACGAUCGCCCACAGACAUGCCGCAAGACAACGUGAAGAAAAUAAAAUUGAGUAACGUGUCGCAUUUACAGUUGAUGCAAGAUGUUGUGGCUUUAAUAGACGACGUAAUCACGAAAGUUUGUGACAUGGUCUCGCAAAAAGAAAAAGGAGAUGAGAUAAUGGUGUUGUCGAGCGAUGAGAGUAACGAACCAAAGUUGCAGAAACGACGGGUAAAAACGAAGAAUGUCGAGAAACCGAAACAGCAAAUGUCGUCUGCGGAUGAAAAAGGUUCCUUGAAUUCGCUGAAAAUUGGUAAUGUGUUCGAAGCUGAAGGAAAGUCGGAAAAUGUUCAAGAUUUAAUGGAUGCAUUGAUGAAACAAGCAAUGGAAAUUAGUCAAGAAACACGGCAGUCGACGCCUGAAGAUGAAGACACACGAAAAUUUGAUGGCAAGUGGCUGCACAGCGAGGACUUACAGUGUGGUAACAAAGAUGCAAAAGAUAAAUCGGGAGAUAAAAAGAAACUAAUGAAUACUCCUAAAGAAGAAGUAACAUUGAGUAGAAGAGGUUCUCAGGAAAGCACCACAACAACCCAAACAACCACAACGACAACGGAAACAAAUAAUUCCAGUUCAAGUAGUAGUGAUGAAUCCAGCACCAGUGAUGACAGUUCUGAUACCGAUAGUUCAAGUGACACAGAUAGCGAUACUGCUUGUGAAAGUGAUUCUGAUAAGAAGAAAAAGGAUUCUAACUUUGCACAGAAAGAAGAAAAUAUGAGAGACGAAGAAGUUGCAACCUUAAUAGCAUACUGUUUAGCUGGUCUAGAACAAUGCAUUUUAAGAUUUUCCGAGCACUACAAGUCAUUCUAUAGACUGUCGCAUUUCUUUUUUAACAAUAAGACUGCCAAGGACAUAACAAAGUGUAGGAAUCUCUUGUUGGAUAGUUACAAUUGCCAAUUUUAUCGUGGUGAAAAUUUUCAAGGACUCUUUGCAGACAGAAAAAGUACCAACUUCUUUAGUGGUGUUUGGCAUAUACCAAAUCGAGAAGUUGAUAGACCUGGAAGUUUUGCAUUUCACAUGUCAAGAUGUGUAACAUUACUAAUGCAAGUACUUAAAGAAACAAAUGAUGGUCGAAUGUUGAUGCAAUUGAGUGUACAAUUGGGAAAAAUACCAGAAUCAGACAAAAAAUAUUUACGCGAUUCAGAAAGGGAGCAAUUAUCUAGACAAGCAUUAACUCUCUGCUUGCAGUCUCUUAGGACAAAGGUGCAGUUGAUGGGAUCUGGCUCUCCUGAUCCUGUAUCUAACAAGAAUCCGGAUACUAGAACUCAAGUACUUCUUGAUACGUAUUGGGUAUAUCAAAGAGCUUUAAAAAUCUUUCAGACUAAGGAGCAAAUUAUACAAACACUUUCUGCCUUGUUAGUAGACACGUAUAAAACAUACAUGGGGAAUAAAAAUUUGGAGGGAAAUGUUUUAGAAAUUGCUACAAAAUUUUGUAAUGAGUAUAAUUAUAAUCGCAAAGUUUUAAAUAAGUUACUCUCCAAUCUCGAUAAACCUACCUCGGACACUCAAGUUCAGCCUCAAGCUACAUCUCCGACUCCUGUGGUUACAUCUCAGUCCCAGAUUAGUUCGGCAUCACCGCAGUCAUCCCAAAGUCGGAAACCAUACAGAAAUUUGACAGCGACAGGCCGACCAAGAGGGCGACCACCAAAUGUUAACAAGUAUUUCCAGGCCAUGCAACAAAGUGGCAAUGCCAUGAACCAAUUUAACGCGAAAACUAAUUUUACUAAUUACAUGGGCGCAUCGGGAGGAAAUCGUUCUUUGAUGAAUCCAUACUUUAUGCAUCCAUUGAUCGAUCAAAAUAUAUUAUCCGCUCUACUAACUAGUGGUUUAAGCGGUAGUAUGAUGGAUCCCCUAGCAACGAUCAAUUAUUUCAAUCAAAUGGGAAAUUAUCAAGACAUUCUUAGACAAUAUCAAAAUAAUCUCUCAUCGUUGUCCAACUUGACAAGUGGUUUAAAUAGUACAAUCGCCAGUGCAUCCACUAUGAACAAUGUACCCCCGAUGAGCACAGUCGCGUCUAGUAUGAACACUCCAGCAAGCAUGAAUAAUUUAACUAAUAAUUUGACAGUGCAACAGUUGUUAAGUCUAAGUAGUAAUCCAACCCCCACAACGGCACGUUCUACGCCCUUGCAUCAGCAAACAACUACAACUAAGACAAUUACUACAACCACGUCUAUCGCCAAAGAUAGACCUAGUAUAUCGAUAACACCAGUGAACACGGUACCGCCUAAAUGCAAAUCAUCUAAACAAAGUACACAAAACGAUUCGUUAUUGUCAGUUCAACUCCCGAAGUCUUUGCAACUGUCGCAACCUUCGAAGCAAGUAUUACAACCACCACCUACCACGCAAGUUUCUCUUUUGAAACCAUCGGUUGUUCAACAAGUUAAAACCAGCCCACCGAAACAAAUGAGUGCCCCGCAAAUUCGAGUCUCAAAGUCUCUGACUGAACCUCAGCCAGCUCAUAAUCCCUCUUUGUCGCAUUCUCCGUUGAAAAGCAAUGCUACAACUAGUUCGACUACAGUGCCUCAGGUUGCGCACUCGACGAUGGGUCCAUCAAUAAAUUUGAAGCAGUCGUUGUCGAUUAAUGUCGCCCCUUCUCAUUCAGGGACAUCGCUGCAACACAAAUUACUGUCGAAAAAGAACUCGCAGCGGCCAUAUUCACAAACAAACGUGCACAAUCCAAUUAGGAAGACGAAACCAUCCAAAGCGAUGCCUUCACUGCCCACGACUUUCUCGAACUUGUUGAAUGCGAUGCCUGGAAAUUCAUCCAUGACACAACCACCUUACAUACCUUCUGAACUUAGCGGAAUAUACGGGAAUCCGAUAAAUCCUCAAAGUGGACUGAAGGCUCCGAGUACAAAAUACUCGAAUUACAAAAAACCAUCUGCCAAAGCGAAAACACCGACUACCAUGGAAGUGUCCACCCCUUUGCCUAAUUUAUUUUCUCAAAGUGGAGAAGCUUUAUCGAUGCUUACGCAAUUGAAACAACACUCGCAUUUAGAGAUUAUACCUCAACAAAAAGCACAAAUGAAACCAACAAUAGAGUAUUCGAAAAACCUGUCCUCUGGUGUAAGCAUAGUCCCGCAAAAAUUAUCCGACCCUUUAAGACCGUCUAACACAGAUUGCAUGACCAUAUACGACUUACCUAGAGGAAAAUCAAGUAAUCUUUCGAAUAAGAAAGGGGAAAAGUCUGUUAACGAUAGCGUUGAGAUUAUUACUUUAGACGAUUGAGUCUGUAAAUUUUGUUGGUACGAAAGCAGCCAUGUCACUUUUUUUUUAUCCUUUUUGGGGGGUUUGAAGAAAGACAAGGGAUUGUAUUUAAUUAAUGAGUCAUUGAUAGGAAAUUCGUAUUAAAAUUGUCAUCAGUUCAUAAUUUAAUUUAAAAUGUAUUAUAGAUAAGUUAUAUAACAAAUAGUACUCAAAUUUUGGUCUAACAAUCUUUGUUUCUGGUCGGGUUCAUAUCGAUUCAAGAUGACUGAAACAGAUUGCUAGCCUUCUCACUUUCGUGCCUAAUAAUAUCAUUCUGUACAGGCUUCCUAAUUGUCACGUAUGAGAAUAGAUAAUGAUGAUGGUAAUAAUAAUAUUAACAAUAAAUGUAUUCUAAAUUAUGGAAGGUAAUUUAUAAACGGAAGAAACCGUAAAAAUGUACUUUUUCAAACUUCGGUACCUACGUCAAUGGUCGAAUAUCAUAUUUAAUGGUAUCCUGAUAAUAUUCGAAAGAACAUUAGCAUACACGUGACGAAUAUUGUUUCACAUUUUCAAAGAGAAAUGCUUUUACAUAUUAAUGAAACGAUGCAUUAUUUUUCUACUAUUUACAUUUAGCAACUGAUGAAUUUUUUUUUUGUAUGUAAACAGAGAAAGGUAGACAAAUGUAAUAUUAGAUAUUAGCGAGACUUGUACAUUUUCUAAUGCGUAAUUUAUAAGAGUAUCUUUCGCAGUAAACAAAAUACACGAUAUCGUUUAUUCCUGUUAAAUAAGAAAGUCGUGUAAUCAUUUUUUUUGGAACAUGUGAAAUUUAUUUCUUUAUAAGAAUUAUUACAAACUACGAAAUUUUAUAUCUGUAAUUUACUAUAUUAUUCGUUGUUCUAACGAUUUAGUACUAAAGAAGUAUAUUUUAAUAUAUUUGUACAAAUAUGAAGUAUUUAUACUUAUCACAUCUAUGUUGAUUUAUGUGGCAGUUUAAAUGAAUUCGCAGGUAAACCACGUACGCCUAAACCUUUUACAGCGAAUAAGUAACCGGCGUAAGGUUGCUCUUUUAACUGAUCUUCGCUCAGUCCCGUGCGCGACGAUGUUACAUAUAAUACGUCGAGAUCAGUACCACCAAAUGCAACGCUGGUUAUAAGUUGGGCACCAGGGAUUUUGACAAAACGCAAUAAUUCACCCGUUUCCGGUUUUAUAUGCAGUAUCUAUAUAUUAAUUAUUUUUUAUUUUCAGAAAGUAACUAACUUGAAUUAUAUAUAUUGUAUGAUGAGUUCUAAUAGGAAUUACGAGUUAUUGUAUAGAUUGUUAUAAUACUUACGCCACCUCCGCCAUAUACAGCGACCCAAAGAUUUCCACAUGCGUCUACAGUCAUACCAUCUGGAAAUCCAUUGAUAUUGUUUUUCCGAAGAUCGAAAAUAGUCCUUUUGUUAGCUAUGUAAAGAAAUUAAUUAAAUAUGUAAGUUUAUUUAAUGCAAAAAGGUAUUAUAAGCAUGUAAGGUAUAUUGUAAAUUUCUUACAUAUAGCUGCCGUUUGAGAGUCGUAAUUGUAUGCAACUACCUGAUAGCUCAGUGAAUCAAUGUAAUAAAGUGUGUCUUCGUUAAGAUUCCAACCCACUCCAUUACUUAUACUUACAGGGGUCACUUGUUUUUUUAACACAAGAUUAGAACCAAUACUGUAAAAUGACCCUUUACCAGGUUCGAUUACUCCAUCUAUUUCUAGAGCCAU